ACGAGGCUGUGUCGACAAUCCAUGGCUGCCACAUUAUCUAACACAGCACGGGGGUGUCUAAAGUAGCCGAGGGUCUCCGAUUCGCGGCUGAAACUCGGCCAUGGCUCAUUCCUAUCGUCCCUUUUUUAAGAUUUCUUGAAAUUUUGAAAUGCGAAACAUCAAUGUACCCUGCCUCCAGUGCCCAUCUCCAUUCGGAUGGUGCAUGACAAGUAUUAGGCGCAGCGCGCUCGUCCCCCCACUCACUAUGCUCUUCUUCCUCCUCGCAAUCCUGGACGAUCCACCUCCCAAGGCCACCAUCUCCGUCGUAAUCUCCUCCUCUCCCUUCUAAUCUCCUCCUCUACCUCGUAUCUCCUCACCUCUCUCCGAAUUCUCCGCUACCCGCGCUACUAGCGAUGGACUACUCCCUGCCCGCUCGUAAGCUGCUCCUCUCUGACGUCAGCGCGUGCCGGAUUGUCCGGCGAGCGAACGGGCAACCGCUGCUGCAGGUGAACGGCUUCACGCUACAGCGGGUGUGGGUGCAGGGCAUUCUCAGAAGCCUCGAUGCUGCGUCCCCAGCUACUGGCACGCAAGGGAUGCAGGGUGGGGAGGUGCCUACUGGGGGUGGCGGAUCUGCUGCUGAGGGGAGGUUGUUUCUGGACGAUGGGAGUGCAGCCGUUGAGAUUGUUCCUGCUAAAGGGGGGUCUCCUCCUCAAGUUGGCUCGUAUGUUCAAGUCAUAGGUGCCCUGUGCACCCGCCCGGCUUCUCCACCAUUCAUCAAGGCGCGCAAGCAAUCGUUUUCUGAGGAUGCCCAUCUGUCCUCCACGCUCCAUGUUGCCCCGGUGAUCUCAGGUGCACAAGCUCGUUGACCUGUCUGCUCACCCCAACAGGGAAUCCCUGUGGUUCCUCGAGGUUAUGGAAUCGCACAUGAGGGCCCAUGCCAUGUCAAGCACAUGAAGGCCGGUGCCAUGCCAGGCACAUGAGCGCCCAUGCCAUGCCAGGCACAUGAGCGCUCCCCUCCCACUUCUCGCCACCCUCUACCUUACCCCUGCUGUGAUCUCAAGCGCGCAAGCAAUCGUUUUCUGAGGAUGCCCGUCUGUCCUCCACGCUCCAUGUUGCCCCGGUGACCUCGGGUGCACAAGCUCGUUGACCUGUCUGCUCACCCCAACAGGGAAUCCCUGUGGUUCCUCGAGGUUAUGGAAUCGCACAUGAGGGCCCGUGCCAUGUCAAGCACAUGAAGGCCGGUGCCAUGCCAGGCACAUGAGCGCCCAUGCCAUGCCAGGCACAUGAGCGCUCAUGCCAUGCCAGGCACAUGAGGGCCAGUGCCAUGCCAGGCACAUGAGGGCCCAUGCCAUGCCAGGCACAUGAGUGCGUGACGGCUCGUCUGAUUAGCAGCUGCGGUUCGCCUCCUCUCUCCAGCCAUUUCGUAACCACUAACUCACGUGUACUUUGAGUCGACUCAAAAUACACCCAGAUACAUGCCCAGCAUAUACGAUGCCAUGCCAUCCACUGCUGAGCUCUCAGGUGCACAAUUUUAUUGACCUGUCUGCUGACCCCAACAGGGAAUCCCUGUGGUUCCUCCAGGUUAUAGAACCGCACAUGAGGGCACGUGCCAUGUAAAGCACAUGAGGGCCCGUGCCAUGUCAAGCACAUGACUGCAUGACGGGCCGUUUCUUUCCUCUGGGUGGCGCAUGCACUUCCGAGCCCCCCUACUUCUGGAGCUUUAAUUGUUCACAUUGUAAUUUUUUCUGCAACGAGUAAAAACUCAGUAUUUUAGGACUUGUACAUGUGAGUGAGUGACCUUUGACCUACCAUGCUGGCCUACUCUUAGCGAGACAACAAUUUCAAUUCGACUGUAU